AUGGCAGAUCGUGACGAGAUCGUUGCUCAGUUUGUUGAACUGACACAGGCACCACCAGAAAAUGCAAGGGCAAUUCUUGAGUCUUCGAACUGGCAGCUUCAAGAAGCUUUAGAUCUCUUUUACGCCGCUCCAGAAGAUGCCGGUGCACCGAGACCGAGACCUGCCGCUGCACAAGCCGAAGACAUGGAGGAAGAUGACUGGGAAGCUCCACAGGCACUACGUAAAGCUACACCACCACCUACCGGAGCUUCUGCCGGGCUUGGGAGAACUUUAGGUGGAUCAUCUGUUGGUGAGCCGGCAGAAAGAGCCAUUCAGCCUGCAGUCCAGCCACCAAGAAGACGAGGAAUGAUGACGUUGGGGGAUAUCGGCCGCUCAACAGCGCCAGGUCGUGGGGGCAGCCCGGGGGAUGACAGUGAUGAGGAGGGUGGCCAAGAUAUGUUUGCUGGUGGAGAAAAAUCUGGUCUCGCAGUCGAAAAUCCAAAUAAACCGGGGCAACGCGGCCUCGACAGUGUUAGGAACAUUCUUAAGCAAGCCCAAGAGGGAAGUAGGGCUCGCCAACAGCAGCCAGAUGAUGACGACGAAGAUGAAGCUCCACCCUCUCGCUUUACUGGGCGUGGCAUGACCCUUGGAUCCGACGAUGCCCCAUCUCAGGUGGUUGAAGACCCUAUUGCUGAUACUCUAAGACCACCCCCCAAAGUCACUAGAAAUCUCUAUUUCUGGCGUGACGGGUUUUCUGUUGAGGACGGACCUCUUCUGCGCUAUGACGACCCAGCGCACCAGGAAACUCUUCGGGGAAUCGAAGCUGGCCGCGCGCCCCUCCAUCUUAUGGGCGUCCUACCAGGUCAACCGACUGACGUAAACGUCCACAGAAAGAUGGAUGAGGAUUACGUCCAACCCAAAAAGAAGUUUGUACCAUUCGGUGGAGCUGGGCAAAGGCUAGGCGCCCCGACACCAGGCUUCGAUAGCGCCCCCGCCUCUUCUUCAACUCCUGCUGCUGUUACAGCCCCAGCCCAACCAGCUCCUCAGACAGUUACCGUCGAUUCUUCGGCGCCCACGACGAGCGUACAGAUCAGACUUGGAGAUGGAACAAGGCUUGUCAGCAGGUUUAACCAUACGCAUACAGUUGGGGAUAUCUACGCCUUUGUGAAUGCUUCUAAUACCGCUAGUCGAUCAAGGAACUACGUUCUGCAGACAACGUUCCCACCGAAGGAGCUCAAAGAGAUGGAUCAAGUUUUGAAGGAUGCGGGGCUGUUAAAUGCAGUUGUUGUUCAGAAGUGGACCUAG